AAAAAACAGUAGCACACGUUAACAAAUGACACCUAUUCGGCGCACGUUAGUGUUCGGUGAUGCAUCAUCCAACAGCGUCUGUCUACUACGGGCGUCCUGGUUCUCGCUCUACCCAUCUUAUUCUAGGCACCCCACAUUGUCUUCUGUCUCGACAUUUUCAAAUAUUUUCUCCUAGGGUUUGGGUUUUUUCGUUCUUUUUCUUAACAAAAUCAAUUUUUCUAUGCUCUUGGAAAACCAGCCUGGAGUUAGGGCUUUUGUAUUCACAGUCUCUUCAUGGACCAGAGGAGACAGCAAUCGAAGGACUCGUUACCCUACCCGAAUCUCUUCAAUCUUGAGUCUUUGAUGAACUUCAAACUUCCUCAACAAGAUGAUGAUUUUGAUUAUUAUGGGAAUAGUAGUCAGGAUGAGAGCAGAGGUAGCCAAGGUGGAGCAAGGUUGAAUCACAGUAAUGGGACAAUGUCUGACUUAAUGAAGAUAAAGAAGCGGUCUCACAAUAGUGACGAGGAGGAAGAUAACGAAUAUUAUGGAACACACAUAACAGAGGAAAGGUAUCGAUCAAUGCUUGGAGAACACAUCCAGAAGUACAAGAGGAGGUUCAAGGAAUCCCCUGUUACUCCGGUUCUCCCUAGAAUGAGGAUUCCUAGUCCGAAGACUAAUUUAGGUGGUGGUUUAAAAUCUAGGAAAUUGGGGAGUGAACAGCGAGGAGGAUUAUAUGAAAUGGAAACAACAUCCGAUUGGCUCAAUGAUGCUAGUCCUCAAAGGCCUGUGAACUAUCAUGAUGCAGAAUUCACCCCCAAAGUAAUGUACGAACCUGCUUAUUUGGAUAUCGGGGAGGGUAUCACUUACAGGAUCCCUCCUACAUAUGAUAAGCUGGCAGCAUCUUUAAACUUACCUAGCUUUUCAGAUAUUCAAGUGGAGGAGUUUUAUUUGAAGGGUACCUUAGAUUUGGGGUCCUUAGUGGCAAUGAUGGCCAGUGAUAAAAGAUUUGGACCUAGAAGUGGAGGUGGGAUGGGAGAGGCCCGGCCUCAAUAUGAAUCUCUUCAGGCAAAAUUGAAGGGCUUGGCAGCCUCAGACUCCCAGAAGUUCAGUCUCACGGUGUCUGAUAUUGAUAAUUCUUCAAUCCCAGAGGGGGCAGCUGGAAGUAUACAACGGUCUAUUCUGUCAGAAGGUGGUGUGUUGCAGGUUUACUAUGUGAAGGUUCUGGAGAAAGGAGAUACAUAUGAGAUUAUUGAACGUGCUCUCCCUAAAAAGCCAAAGGUAAAGAAAGACCCUUCUGUGAUUGAGAGGGAAGAAAUGGAAAAGAUUGGAAAAGUUUGGGUUAACAUUGUUAGAAGAGACAUACCAAAGCAUCAUAGGGUUUUUACUACUUUCCACCGGAAGCAAUUAAUUGAUGCCAAGAGGUUCUCUGAGAACUGUCAAAGAGAGGUUAAAAUGAAAGUGAGUAGAUCUCUCAAGUUGAUGAGGAGUGCUGCAAUUCGCACAAGGAAAUUGGCUAGAGACAUGCUAAUGUUUUGGAAGCGGGUUGAUAAGGAGAUGGCGGAAGUGAGAAAAAGGGAGGAAAGAGAAGCUGCAGAAGCUUUGAGGCGUGAGCAGGAACUUCGAGAAGCAAAGCGACAGCAGCAAAGGCUUAAUUUUCUCAUUCAGCAAACAGAACUUUACAGUCACUUCAUGCAAAACAAGUCGAAUUCACAGCCCUCUGAAGCUCUGCCUGCAGGAGAUGAAAAACCAAAUGACCAAGAAGUGCUUUUGUGCUCAACAGAUGUUGAGGUUGUUGAAGAAGAGGAUCCUGAAGAGGCAGAACUGAAAAAGGAGGCUAUGUUAGCUGCUCAAACUGCCGUCUCUAAGCAGAAAAUGUUAACCAGUACUUUUGAUACCGAAUGUUCAAAGUUACGUGAAGCUGCUGAGACUGAUGCUUCUUUAUUAGAUGCAGUUGCAGGAUCUAGCAACAUAGAUCUACAUAACCCCUCCACCAUGCCUGUAACAUCAACAGUUCAAACACCGGAGUUGUUUAAAGGUUCCCUUAAAGAAUACCAGUUAAAAGGCCUUCAGUGGCUGGUUAAUUGUUAUGAGCAGGGUUUAAAUGGCAUUCUUGCUGAUGAGAUGGGACUGGGAAAGACUAUCCAAGCUAUGGCAUUUUUGGCUCAUUUGGCUGAGGAGAAAAACAUAUGGGGUCCUUUUUUGGUUGUUGCUCCUGCUUCUGUCUUGAAUAACUGGGCAGAUGAAAUUAGUCGUUUUUGCCCUGACUUGAAAACUCUUCCAUAUUGGGGUGGACUUCAAGAGCGAACAGUUCUUAGAAAGAACAUCAAUCCAAAGCGUCUUUAUAGAAGAGAAGCUGGAUUUCAUAUUCUCAUUACCAGCUACCAACUACUUGUGGCGGAUGAGAAGUAUUUUCGUCGUGUGAAGUGGCAAUAUAUGGUAUUGGAUGAAGCCCAGGCCAUCAAAAGUUCUAACAGUAUAAGGUGGAAGACUCUACUCAGUUUUAAUUGUCGGAAUCGUUUGCUUCUGACUGGCACACCUAUCCAGAAUAACAUGGCAGAAUUGUGGGCCCUUCUGCAUUUCAUCAUGCCAACCUUGUUUGAUAGCCAUGAACAGUUUAAUGAGUGGUUUUCUAAAGGAAUCGAGAGUCAUGCAGAGCAUGGGGGUACCUUGAAUGAGCAUCAGCUUAACAGAUUGCAUGCAAUUUUAAAACCCUUUAUGCUGCGAAGAGUUAAGAAAGAUGUCAUUACUGAGCUGACUACAAAAACUGAGGUUACAGUAAACUGCAAGUUGAGUUCUAGGCAACAAGCUUUUUAUCAGGCUAUUAAGAACAAGAUUUCUCUCGCUGGGCUGUUUGACGGCAGCCGUGGUCAUCUUAACGAAAAGAAAAUUAUGAAUUUGAUGAAUAUUGUCAUUCAAUUGAGAAAGGUUUGUAAUCAUCCGGAGUUGUUUGAAAGGAAUGAAGGAAGCUCGUAUCUUUAUUUUGGAGAAAUUCCAAAUUCCCUUCUACCUCCUCCAUUUGGGGAGUUGGAGGAUAUACACUAUUCUGGGAGUCAGAAUCCUAUAGAGUAUAAGAUACCAAAGUUAGUCCACCAAGAGAUUCUUCAAAGUUCUGAAGCUUUUUGCUCAUCUGUUGGGCGAGGAAUCUUCAGCGAAUUGUUUCAGAAACGUUUUAAUAUAUUCACAGCAGAAAAUGUUUAUAGAUCUGUACAUUCUCAUGAGAGUAGCUCAGAUGCAUUGCCUGUCAAAAGUGGGACUUUUGGUUUUACCCAUUUGAUGGAUUUGUCCCCAGCAGAAGUUUCGUUUAUAGCAAAUAGUUCUUUCCUGGAGAAACUAUUAUUUUCUAUUUUGAGAUGGGACCGCCAAUUUUUGGAUGGAAUCAUAGACUUACUCAUGGAAAGCAUGGAUAAUAAGCUGAACAACGAUCUUGUGGAUAGUGGGAAAGUAAGAGCCGUUACACGCUUGUUGUUGAUUCCGUCAAGAUCGGAUACCAAUUUACUUAGAAGGAAAUUUGCUAUGGGUGCUGGAUAUGCUCCAUUUGAGGAUUUAGUUGUCUCUCAGCAGGAAAGACUUCUAUCAAACAUUAAACUUCUUCAUGCAACUUAUUCAUUUAUCCCACGUGCUAGAGCUCCCCCGAUAAAUGUCCAAUGCUCGAAUAGGAAUUUUGCUUACAGGAUAACUGAAGAAAGAAAUCAACCCUGGAUCAAGAGGUUGUUGGUUGGGUUUGCACGCACAUCUGAGUUUAAUGGACCCAGAAAGCCAGAUAGUCCACAUCAUUUGAUUCAAGAAAUUGAUUCUGAGCUAUCUGUUACACAGCCUGCUCUUGAAUUACCGUACAAGAUAUUUGGAUCUUGUCCACCUAUGCAAAGCUUUGAUCCUGCAAAGUUGCUCACAGACUCUGGGAAGCUUCAAACUCUUGAUGUAUUGUUGAAACGUUUGCGAGCAGAAAACCACCGCAUUCUCUUGUUUGCACAAAUGACAAAAAUGCUCAAUAUUCUUGAGGAUUAUAUGAACUAUAGGAAAUAUAGGUAUCUUAGACUUGAUGGAUCCUCCACUAUUAUGGAUCGACGAGAUAUGGUCAGAGACUUCCAGCACAGGAGUGAUAUCUUUGUUUUCUUGCUAAGUACCAGAGCUGGUGGACUGGGUAUUAACCUGACUGCUGCUGACACUGUCAUAUUUUAUGAAAGUGAUUGGAAUCCAACUUUGGAUUUACAGGCUAUGGACAGAGCUCACCGGUUGGGUCAGACAAAGGAUGUUACUGUCUACCGCCUUAUUUGUAAAGAGACUGUUGAAGAGAAGAUUCUGCAAAGAGCAAGCCAGAAGAAUACUGUGCAACAACUUGUCAUGACAGGUGGUCAUGUCCAGGGAGAUAUCAUGGCUCCCGAGGAUGUUGUGUCUUUACUUCUGGAUGAUGCCCAGUUGGAGCAGAAAUUAAAAGAAAUUCCAGUACAGACGAAGGAUAGACAAAAGAAAAAACAGCCCACAAGAGGUAUACUGUUGGAUGCUGAAGGUGAUGCAUCUUGGGAAGAUAUAACAAAUACUGGAGCUCAGGGUGCGGCACAGGAGCCUUCUUUAGAUCCAGAGAAAGCAACAUCCAGUAACAAAAAGAGGAAAGCUGCAUCUAACAAGCAAACUCCAAAGUCAAGGAACGCUCAAAAGAUGAACGAAGCUAACUCUAACUCUACAUUGGUUAACUAUGAGUUGGAUGAUCCUUUUCAAAAUACAGAUCCACAAUCGCAGAGGUCAAAGAGGGUAAAGAGACCUAAGAAGAGUGUGAAUGAAAGUCUCGAACCAGCUUUCACUGCCACACCCUCCAUAGUUCCAGAGCAGACCCAGUAUCAACCUAUGCAUGAGUUUGGUUCUGGUGGUUGACGAGGAGUAGCUGAAUCAAAUAUUUUAAAGUAUGAUAACACAAUAACCUGUUAUACCAUAGUGGAUAAAGAAGCUUCAAUCCAAUUGAUCAAAAGCUAUCAGUUAGCUGGCCGAAAAGUAAUUUUUUUUUUUUUGAAGCUGCUGUGUUGUAGCAAAGACUUGUGGAGCAGAAUGAAGGGAGUAAAUGAGCAGUGUAUAGUAAUGUGUAAAUAUAAAUAACAUAUUGUUUUUGGAUUUGCUCGAUAUGGCAUUAGAAUGUAUAGAUAGGUUUACUCCUACAUUUGGCUGUACUUUUAAAUAUAAAUUUUAGAUGUUGUAAUGUACAACCCA